AUGAAGAUCGAAGUUGAACUAUCUGAUUAUAAAAUACCUUUAUACCAAAAAACUUCAGUGAUUCUUGAGGUUAAAAAGCACCAACUUGAGAUCAUGGAAGAGAUAAAUUUAAUGAAGACUUGUAUAAAUUUAAGGCUACGAAAGGAUAGUGAUAAAAGUUCAAAUCAAGCCCGGAUGAUGGCUAAAAAACAAAAACAACUUGAAGAAGAAGGUAUUGUUGAACAAUGGGAGG